GCCACACUGAGUUCUGCCCUCCCAGCUGCUGGCCGCCACCAAGGACGCCAUGAGCCAGUCAGGAGCCAUGAGCUGCUGCCCUGGUGCUGCCAAUGGCAGCCUGGGCUGGUCCGAUGGUGCUGCUAAGAUGAGCGCAAAGGAUCUGUUUGGUGAGUGAAGCUGGAGAUAGGGCCAGGCUGGGGAAGUAGGGGACUGCCUGGCCUGGCCCAGAGGACCUCAGGCUUGGUCAGCCCUGGGUACCUGGAGGAGGCCUCUGGACCCUAAUCCACUGACAGCUUGUGAGGUCUGUCCCCAAAGUUCCUGGCACAAAACACCCCUCCCCCAGCAGUAAGGGGAGAGCCCUUUACAAAUAAUUCAGAGAGCAUCAGUAUUGAUUCCCCUGGGCGUCUCUGCAACUCGAUCGGGGCAGGCGGCCGGUGGCCAGGUGUCUCUCCAGGAGGGAGCCAGGCUGCCCUCCCAGCUUGCCGCAGCCCUCACUUGUGCCUUUGGAUGCUGCACCCACCGUCUGGAAAGCAAGAAGCCCCUAGAAAGGAGGAAGAUUCUGGUGGUGGCUCUGAGGGUGGGCAAGCCCUGGCCUAGACCUCUCCCCUGGGAAGGUGGGCACAGGGGUUGGCCAGCCUCCGGUGAGGCUGAACCUCCAGUGCCCCAGGACAAGUCCCAUAGCCUCUGGCUGCCCUCCCCACUCUGAGCAGGCCCCUUCCCUCUCAGAGCCAUGGGUGUCUCCCCUGGGGUGAGCCUGGGCUGGAUGGAGCAGAGGGCUUCCUGAGAGUCCUCAUGGUCUGAGGAGGGUCCUCAUGGAUCUCACACCUGUGAUCCUUGGUGUUCAUGAGGGGCCCAAGAGAAGCACCCCUUACCUUGACUCCACCCUCCCUUGCGGCCCCCUGGGGUCCAGUCCCACCUGGACUGGGGGCUGGCGGUCCUGAGAUCUGGGCUGAGUGACCACCGUCUCCCCGUCCAGAGCAGAGGAAGAAGUACUCCAACUCCAAUGUCAUCAUGCACGAGACCUCCCAGUACCAUGUCCAGAUUGGUUAGUCUCUUCUUCUGAGCUCGUGUGUUUUCCACCUUGCUGGGGAAAGUGCCCCGUGGAGAAAGUUCCCUUGGACUUGCACUUGGCCACAUUCAUCAUGGACAAGAGCGAGGCCAUCGCAUCUGUGGAAGACGCCAUCCGGAAGCUGGUGCAGCUCAGUGCCAAGGAGAAGGUCUGGGCACAGGAGGUGCUGCUGCAGGUGGACGACAAGGCCCUGCGGCUGCUGGAUGUUGAGAACCAGGAAGAGCUGGAGAACUUCCCGCUGCCCACCGUGCUGCACAGCCAGACGGUGCUGAACCAGCUGCGCUACCCCUCGGUGCUGCUGCUGGUGUGCCAGGACUCCGAGCAGAGCAGGCCCGACGUGCACUUCUUCCACUGUGACGAGGUGGAGGCGGAGCUGGUGCAGGAGGACAUCCAGAGCGCGCUGGCUGACUGCCGGAUGGGGAAGAAGUUGCGGCCACAGACCCUGAAGGGGCACCAGGAGAAGAUCCGGCAGCGGCAGUCCAUCCUGCCGCCUCCCCAGAGCCCAGCUCCCAUCCCCUUUCAGCGCCAGGCUGGGGACUCUCCUCAGGCCAAGAACCGCGUGGGCCUGCCAGCACCAGUCACAGAGCCAGGCUACCGCCGCCGGGAAUCGCAGGAUGAGGAGCCUCGGGCGGUGCUGGCUCAGAGGAUAGAGAAGGAGACGCAAAUCCUCAACUGCGCCCUGGACGACAUCGAGUGGUUCGUGGCCCGGCUACAGAAGGCGGCCGAGGCUUUCAAGCAGCUGAACCAGCGGAAGAAAGGGAAGAAGAAGGGCAAGAAGGGGCCGGCAGAGGGCGUCCUCACGCUGCGUGCCCGGCCCCCCUCUGAGGGUGAGUUUGUCGACUGUUUCCAGAAAACCAAGCUGGCCAUCAAUCUCCUGGCCAAGCUGCAGAAGCACAUCCAGAACCCCAGUGCGGCUGAGCUGGUGCACUUCCUCUUCGGGCCUCUGGACCUGAUCGUCAACACCUGCGGAGGCCCAGACCUCGCCCGUUCUGUCUUCAGCCCACUGCUCUCCCAGGAGGCUGUGGCCUUCCUACGUGGCCACCUGGUACCAAAGGAGAUGUCACUGUGGGAGUCCCUGGGGGACACCUGGACACGGCCCCGCUCUGAGUGGCCGAAGGAGCCACAGGUGCCCCUGUACGUGCCCAAGUUCCACAGUGGCUGGGAACCGCCUCUGGAUGUGCUGCAGGAGGCUCCCUGGGAGAUGGAAGGACUGGCCUCUGACCCCAAUGACCAGCCCACCCCUGUGAGCCGACUAUCCAUAAGAAACUCCCCGAAACACAGUCUCUCCUCUGAGUCCACACCCCAGGGGGAUGUCUUACCACCAGUCAGCUCCCCACAUUCCCACAGGGGCCACCAGCCAACACCAGCCACGGCCAAGUACGUGAAGAUUCUCUACGACUUCACAGCCCGCAAUGCCAACGAGCUGUCCGUGCUCAAGGAUGAGGUCCUAGAGGUACUGGAGGAUGGCCGGCAGUGGUGGAAGCUUCGCAGCCGAAGUGGCCAGUCUGGCUAUGUGCCCUGCAACGUCCUGGAUGAGGUCCGGCCAGAGGAUAUUGGUGCCCCACUGGAGCAGGCCAGCCAGAAAUACUGGGGUCCCGCCAGCCCGAUGCAUAAACUGCCCCCUAUCUUCGCAGGGAACAAAGAUGAGCUGAUCCACCACAUGGAUGAAGUCAACGAUGAGCUCAUGAAGAAAAUUAGCCACAUCAAGGCGCAGCCGCAGCGGCACUUCCGCGUGGAGCGCACCCAGCCGGUGCACCUGCCACUCACCUUUGAGUCCGGCCCGGAUGAGGUCCGUGCCUGGCUAGAAGCCAAGGCCUUCAGCGGCCGGAUCGUGGAGAACCUGGGUAUCCUGACCGGACCCCAGCUCUUCUCCCUCAACAAAGAUGAGCUGAAGAGGGUGUGCGGGGAGGAGGGCAUCCGCGUGUACAGCCAACUCACAGUGCAGAAGGCGAUGCUGGAGAAGCAGCAAAGUGGGUCGGAGUUGGAGGAACUCAUGAACAAGUUUCAUUCCAAGAACCAGAGGAGGGCGGAGGACAGCUAGACCUGGCUGGACUGUUGCCACCCUUGCUGCAGAGGGAGGCAGCACGGGUGGUGGGCCCACUCCCAGUGCACGGAGUAUUAUUUUAUAUGUGUAUUAUUUUAUACUGAGGACUCACAUGGGCUGGAUGGGGUGCUCAUCUGCCUCUAGGCAGUAGGCUUAUCUUCAGGCUGAGCCAUGCACAUGGAUGGCCUCUCAGCUGCAAGCCACUCACCCACCCAAACCAAGGCCUCUCCCAGCCAAACCUGCCACCUGGCAGUGCCAGCCUUCAUCCAUCAGCCCUAGGCCACAGGACUCCCCAGGUGGGCAGGGCCUCUCUGGCCUCCCUGUGCGUGCGUAUGUCAGCUCCUGGCCUCCGGAGUUUGACACUCACCACCUGCUGCUUGAUUUUAUAUGCACCUGCUCCCAGCUGUUCCCACCUGUCUCAGGUGGGCCAGAGCUCCAGGCUGGUUAGGCUGGUGACCUGGACUCCAGGUUUGUCCCCCGCAGGAUGCUGUACCCCAAAAAUGGCCUGCAGGGGCUCCAGGACAGGAAACCAUGGUUGCCCCACUGGUUUGGGGCACGCUGUGCCGUAACCCUUUCAAAGUCCAAGGAGCGAUGGCUGUCGACACCCACUCCCAUCCAGCAGAGCCCAGACAGGAACUUUCUCAGGCCAGCUAAGCGCUGCAUGCUGGUGACUGGUGAUCUUAGAGCCCUGGACAGAGCAUCACAUCCAGAAAUGAGGGUGGGGGCUCUAAGGCCACAUGAUUAAACCAGUUUCUCCUGGAAGCCA